AUGGACAUUUCACUUGUCUUCACGCAGCCACGGCCGGCCGGGAUUGAUCUAAGUGAGAACAGGACACCCAAGGAGAAUGACGUCGUUAUUUCGAUAUGUGCUGUUGCUGCACUGACCGUGGUUCUACGGUUUGUGGUAAGAAUAUACUACCAGCGAUCCAGGCCGGAGGUGGAUGACUGGCUGAUUGCGGCGUCGCUUGUUCCUUUGGCUGGAUUGCUUGCAGCAGCUGUGCUUUGCGGCGAACAUGGCUUGGGCAAGCAUAUCUGGAGUGCAACGGUUGGAGACCUGAUUCUUUUGCGGAAGACCCUCUUCGCAUACCUACUGAUCUACCUCGCCGAGCUCCUCCUUAUCAAAGUCUCGAUACUGAUGUUCUACCGCCGAAUAUUCGGCAUGACUUGGUCAAUUUUGACCUGUCUCUUCAUCAGCUAUAGCUGGGCCAUCGGAAGUAUUAUUGCGACAAUAUGCUCCUCCGACCCAGUCUCAUACUUCUGGACUCAAGGGACCAACUCAAGCCUUGGCAAAUACCGAUUCAACUUCUACAAUUAUCUUAUCGGCAAUGCAGCUACCAAUGUCGUGACAGACGCGUUGAUCUUGCUUAUUCCUAUACCGAUUGUGUGGAGCUUAAAGAUGCGAACCACGCAAAAGGUCGGAGUCUGCAGUGUUCUUCUAUUGGGUGUUGUUGCCUGCGUCGCAAGCAUCGUCCGUAUCCACUACAUAACCUUCCUAAAAUCAAGCAUCGACCUGUCAUGGGUGAUAAGCGAUGUAUACGUAUGGUCAAUCGUCGAGCCAUGCGUUGGGAUCGUCUGUGCAUGCCUACCAGCCCUCCAACCGUUCCUCCGUUUAAUAACGAAGAAACUAUCAAGCUUACCACUCCGUCGAAGCAGGGGUGUGAACAAGCUAUCUUCUGGGUUUCAAGGGAAGAAUCCAUCAAAACAUAGUCGUGAUUCCAGCAAACACAGCUUCAGCUCUACGCGAAGUCCUCAUCCUUUCACCCAUUACGAUGAUGAUCGUGCUCAGCUUACUACUUUUACGACAAGGGUUGAGAUGGAGACGAAUCAGAAAGAGAGGGAUAGGUUGGAGAAAAAUUUGGACCCUAUGGCUAUUAGGGUUCAACAGGUUGUUCACUGGAGUGUGAACUAG